GCGGCCGGGCUGCUGCUGCGCGGCCGCGGGGCAGUGGAGGGCGCCGGCGCUGCUGUCUCCUCGCUCCCCGUCCCUGCCGCGCCCCCAGCGGAGCGGGCAUGGCGCCACCGUCGGCGCCUGGCCCGGACCGCGCGAGCCGUGAGGAUGAGGACUGGUGGGAGACGCGGGGAGACCGCAAGGCCCGGAAGCCCCUGGUGGAGAAGAAGCGGCGCGCGCGGAUCAACGAGAGCCUGCAGGAGCUGCGGCUGCUGCUGGCGGGCGCCGAGGUGCAGGCCAAGCUGGAGAACGCCGAGGUGCUCGAGCUGACGGUGCGGCGGGUCCAGGGCGCGCUGCGGGGCCGGGCGCGCGAGCGCGAGCAGCUGCAGGCGGAAGCUAGCGAGCGCUUCGCCGCCGGUUACAUCCAGUGCAUGCACGAGGUGCACACGUUCGUGUCCACGUGCCAGGCCAUCGACGCUACGGUCGCUGCCGAGCUCCUGAACCACCUGCUUGAGUCCAUGCCGCUGCGCGAGGGCAGCAGCUUCCAGGAUCUGCUGGGGGACGCCCUGGCGGGCGUACCUGGAGCCCCUGGGCGGAGUGGCUGGCCUGCGGGAGGGGCUCCAGGAUCCCCAGUACCCAGCCCCCCAGGUCCCGGGGACGACCUGUGCUCCGACCUGGAGGAGGCCCCUGAGGCUGAACUGAGUCGGGCACCUGCUGAGGGGCCCGACUUGGUGCCCGCAGCCCUGGGCAGCCUGACUGCAGCCCAGAUAGCACAGAGUGUCUGGAGGCCUUGGUGACCAACGCCAGCCAGAGUCCUGCCGGGGUGGGCCCGGCCCUCCCAGGAGCUCCUCCCUCCUCCCAGAGGUUCAGAUGUGCUGGGGUAGGGCCCUGGAAGUCCUCCGGGUCCACCCUUUCUCCUCCCAUGGAUGGCUUGCAGGGCAGCCCCUGGUGACCAGCCCAGUCAGGCCCCAACCCCGUUUCUUGAGGAAGAAACUCAACGGACCCUGCAGCUCUGGGUGGGUGGAGGAAGAGAGCUACAGGCAGGAGGAGGAACCUUGUGGAGCUCCCAGCACUCUCCCGGCUUCCUGCACCCAGCCUUCACCAGCCUUGUGCGGGUUCUGGGGGCAGAGGUGGCAGGAAUGGUGCUGGGCACUAGUGUCCCAGGCAGCCCUGGGCUAAAUAAAAGCUUGAACUUGCCAUUUCCACCAGGAGAGGAGAGGCAGGUGCGUCCUGCAGCACUGCUCAGACCUGUGAGGUUCUGUCCGUCUUGUUUGUAGUACACUUGAGUUUGUGUAUUCCACUGCCAUCAAAUGUUACAAUUUUACUAAAUAAAGAAUUUUGGAGCUAGUCACCCUUGAA